CGGGCGGGGCGGGCCCGGCCGCCCCCGCGGGCUCCGGUGCGUCAGGGCGCGUCAGGCGGGGCGGGGCGGGCGGAGCGCGGGUGGCGGCGGCGGCGGCGGCGCGCGCCGGGCCUCCUCCUCCUCCUCCUCCUCCUCCUCUUCCUCCGCCUCCUGCACUCGAGCUGCCGCCGCCGGCCGAACGGGCGCCGCUCCCGCUGCCUCUGCUCCGCCCGUUCCAGCCGCCCCGCGCGCCCUUGCCCGGUAUGUCGGCGGCCGUGGCGUGCGUGGAUUACUUCGCCGCCGACGUGCUCAUGGCCAUCGCGGCGGGCGCCGUGGUGCACCGCGGACGGCCGGGCCCCGAGGGCGCGGGCCCCGCCGCCGCCGGCCUGGAGGUGCGCGCGCCCCUCCGCGAGGCCGCCCCCACAGGCCCCCCGGGGCCGCCGCCGCCGUCCCCCGCCUCCCCGGGCCCGGGCGGCGCCCCUGCGCUCCACCUGCUGGCCGCCAGCAUCCUGGCCGACCUGCGCGGCGGGCCCGGCGCCGCCCCGGGGGGCGCUUCCCCAGCUUCAUCCUCCUCGGCCGCUUCGUCUCCGUCCUCGGGCCGCGCCCCCGGGGCCGCGCCCGCCGCCGCCAAGAGCCACCGCUGUCCCUUCCCGGGCUGCGCCAAAGCCUAUUACAAGUCCUCGCAUCUGAAGUCCCACCUGCGGACACACACAGGCGAGCGCCCCUUCGCGUGCGACUGGCCGGGCUGCGACAAGAAGUUCGCGCGCUCGGACGAGCUGGCGCGCCACCACCGGACGCACACGGGCGAGAAGCGCUUCCCCUGCCCGCUGUGCACCAAGCGCUUCACCCGCAGCGACCACCUCACCAAGCACGCGCGCCGGCACCCCGACUUCAGGCCCGAACUGCUCCGCCGCCCCGGCGCCCGCAGCGCCUCCCCCUGCGACUCGCUGCCCUGCAGCCUGGCGGGCAGCCCCGCGCCCAGCCCCGCGCCCAGCCCGGCCCCUGCCGGCCUGUAAGGGCGGUGUCCCCCACCACCGACCCCGAACCCCCAGGGUCUGCACCCCACAGGCGCUCCAGAGCACUGACCACCCCCACCCUCCCAGCGCGGAUGCCACCCCCCCACCCCAAACUGACCUUGCCCUUCUCAAGAGCGCAGUGGGGGGGGGCAGGACAAAGGGGACUGGAGGGGACCCCCUGCUACGUGUAAAUAGCCAUGACCCAUGACCAUUAACUCUCCUCCCCCACCUCCAUUCAAACCGGGGCAAGGGGGGGCUGCAUUGCCGCUCCCCCCCACCCGCACCAACGCCCUGUUUUUUUGGGGGGGGGAGGCGAGGGGGGGGGCACAGGGCUAAGGUGACCCUCCCGGUGCUGGGACCGGCCCCCCAGAGCUCUCUCUGGUUUGGGAUGAAGUAUGAAGAGCCAUAGACGACAAACCAGAGGGUCCCCACCCCACACACACACCCCCGCACAACCCCCAACCCCAGCUUGGGGCCCCGCACCCCACUGAAAGCCAUUGGAGAUGUUCAGGGAAAAAGGGGUGCGGCCUGGCCGCACCCCCCCACUCGGGUACUCAAUCUCAGGUGUGUCCGUGCCCCCCGGGAGGGCUGCCCCGCCCCCUGCCGAGAGGGGGUGCGUCGGGAUGGGGGAGGGGUGGUCCCAGGGUCCCAGUGUCCAGUGCACAGACUCGGGGUGGUGAGGACAGAAACUGGGGUUCUUCCAAAGAGUGUUUUGACUCACUUGGGGGGCAGGGUGGGUCUCGCGGGAAGGGAGUGAAAGGGGUUUAUUUAUUUUAUUGUCUCUGCUGGCUGGGUGGGAUGCUCAGCUGCCCCCUGUGGGCGGGUGUGUGAGUGUGUGAGAGACUUGGGGGAGGGCUCCCCAACUCUGGCCUUUGGCAGCAUCUCGUGACAAUCAGUCCCACCUGCCCUGAAGGUGGGUGUCCUGGAUCCAUACUCCCCCCUCUUCCCCAAGCCCCCCCACUUCUGUUUGUCCAGACUGAAUGGGGGUCCCGCACUAAGCCAGCGGGAAUGGGGUUGGGGGGCGAUUCCCCCCGAAUUCCCUGGGAUAGCUCGUUUUUUGGACCGGGUAGAAUAUUUUUUCAAGGGCCAAUCAAUCCCUUUACUGAUCGGGCCCUGUGGGGGGUGGGGGGCCCCCCCACACCCUCAGGGGAUGUGAGGGGGGGGUGUCAGUGCUCUGAAUUGAGAGGGGCACGUCCCUCUGUGGCUUGCGAUGGCUGGGGCUCUGAUGGCUGGGGCUCCGGCUGAGGGUGUGAGGACCCCAGCCCUGGGUUGGGAAGGGCCCCAGUCCCAGGGCAAUCCCCCCAUCACCCCCCUCCCCAAGAUAACAUUUGUUCCAGAACCUUCCUCUCUCCUAAAUGGGGGAGGGGAUGGGCUGCGGCUGGCACAGACUCGGACACCCUCCCCUGGCAGGAUCCAGGGAUGGGUAUCGAGCACCGAGUGUCCUUUGGAAAGGGGGGCCGCGGAGGAUGUUGGGGUCCCAGCCCUGCCCCAGGACUGGUUCAUCUGCGCCCUCCAAUCCCGCCUCCGAGCCUCGGAAACGCCUUAGUGGGGGGUGGGAGCGGUGGGGAGCAGGCAGGGGCCCGUUUUUUUUUUUUUUUCUUUGUGUCUGGCAGCCCCUUGUCUGUACCCUGCCGACCCCAGGGGGGCUGGUGACCCUUGCUGGUCACCGUCCAUUUUGCUGCGGCCUGGAGAAGAGGGGGGGUGACCCCGAGACCUGUGCUUUCCAGCGGCGCCCCCUCCCCCCCCCCCCCGCCCUGCCUGGCACCCACCCCCUUGUAUUUAAUUAAAACGUCCUUUUGUAAACCAGA